GAUGACUGUAAUUGCAACACAGAAUUUCUGCCUUCUGGAUAGAGUGACCGUACCCUGAUUCCAUGUUUUCCACCAUGCUGCACCCCUCUGGACUCGUGUCUCAGCAACAGGGGCAGUCAAACCAGGCUUAGUGUGGCAGGCUAGAUUUCAGGCAGCUCCACCUGGGACAGGAUGUUUCUGGGCACAGCCGCUUGUUCUGGCAAGUGUGUCUCUGUCUUGCUGCUUUCCUUUUUCUCUUUUCCAGAUGAUUGGUGAUCAAUCUGUCCAGCUGCCGGUAUGAGAGUGAAGAUCAAUCACUUCCCGGGAAUGAGUGAAAUCUGCCGGAAGGACUUGCUGGCCAGGAAUAUGAGCCGCAUGUUAAAGAUGUUCCCUAAAGAUUUCUACUUUUUCCCUAGGACCUGGUGUCUUCCUGCUGACUGGGGAGAUUUGCAGACCUACAGCAGGUCAAGAAAAAAUAAGACAUACAUUUGUAAGCCGGAUUCGGGCUGCCAAGGGAAAGGCAUAUUCAUCACCCGGACGGUGAAAGAAAUCAAACCAGGGGAGGAUAUGAUCUGUCAGCUCUAUAUUUCAAAGCCCUUUAUCAUUGAUGGGUUUAAGUUUGACCUACGGAUUUAUGUACUGGUGACAUCCUGUGACCCUCUCAGGAUUUUUGUGUACAAUGAAGGACUGGCCCGCUUUGCGACGACCUCAUACUCCCGCCCUUGCACAGACAACCUGGAUAACAUCUGCAUGCACCUGACUAAUUAUUCCAUUAAUAAGCACAGUUCCAACUUCAGUCGAGAUGCUCACUCUGGCAGCAAGAGAAAGCUCUCCACCUUCAAUGCAUACAUGGAGGACCACAGCUACAAUGUGGAGCAGAUAUGGAGGGAUAUUGAGGACGUCAUCAUCAAGACCCUCAUCUCGGCCCACCCCAUCAUCAGGCAUAACUACCACACCUGCUUCCCCAACCACACACUCAACAGCGCCUGCUUUGAGAUUCUGGGCUUCGACAUUUUGCUGGACCGCAAACUCAAACCCUGGCUGUUGGAGGUCAACCACUCUCCAAGCUUCUCCACCGACUCUUGGCUGGAUAAAGAAGUGAAAGACGGUCUGCUGUAUGACACCUUGGUCCUGAUCAACCUGGAAAGCUGUGACAAGAAGAAAGUCUUGGAGGAGGAGAGACAACGAGGGCAGUUCCUGCAGCAGUGUUAUUCUCGGGAGAUGAGGAUUGAGGAAGCCAAGGGUUUCCGGGCCGUGCAGUUAAAGAAAGCUGAAAUGUAUGAGAAGGAUAACUGCGGAGGGUUCCGGCUGAUUUAUCCCAGUCUGAAUUCAGAGAAGUAUGAGAAGUUUUUCCAGGACAACAACUCCAUCUUCCAGAAUACUGUUGCUUCCAGGGCUCGGGAGGUGUAUGCCCGGCAACUGAUCCAGGAGCUGAGACUAAAAGGGGAGAAAAAGCCCUUCCAAGUGAAGAAGAAGGUAGAACUGCAAGGGGAGUCGGCAGGCGAGCAAGUGAGAAAGAAGGGCGUGAGGGGCUGGCAACAGAAACAACAGCAGAAAGACAAGUCCACGACCCGAGCCUCCAAACAAGACAUCCAACCAUUGACAUUAGUGCCCUGUGUACCUGACUUGCUCUUGAGUGUCAGAGAUGAAAGGAAAAAUGAAACAGGCAGCAGCCUCAACCAGGAGGCCCCCAUGAAGGAGGCCGGCUCCAUUUCCCCCAAGCCUACGUCUGCAAGACCCUUCAGUUCUGUACCCAAUCUGAGGAAUCUCAAUCUCAGCAGCUCUGGGCUGGAGCCCAGUAAACUCAGCUUCAGAAUCAAGGAGGCCAAGUCUGCCUCUGCAGUGAACGUAUUCGCUGGCACUGUGCACUUAACCUCAGUAGAAACUAGCCCAGAAUCCACCACCAAAGUCUCAAUCUCCCCAGAGUCUCCACCAACCCUGGCCGUGACCGCCAGCUCUGAGUACAGUGGCCCAGAGACAGACAGGGUGGUAUCCUUUAAAUGCAAGAAGCAGCAGAUCCCUCCACAGUUCAUCCAGGAGAAAAUGUUAAAACCUUUUCAGCCUACAAAAUCCCAGAGCUUCUUGGGGAGUCCGAACAUAAGCUGGACUUUGCUAAAGAGUGACAUGAAGAAGCCACAUUUGAUGUCCGAGCUACUCACCAAGCUUCAAGUGAGGGGGAAGCUCUCCUUCUUCCCAGUUCACUACAACCCCAAGCUGGGGAUGACUAACCUGUCACAAAACCCCUCCCUGCCUGGGGAGUGCUACUCCCGACGUGACAGCUCUGGCGAGAGGAGGCAGCUGGAUACGCCCUCCCUCCUCCUGCAGAGUUCUCAGAGCUAUAACGUUACUCUGAGGGACCUGCUGGUGAUCGCCACACCAGCCCGACUGGAUCCAAGGCCUGGCAGAAGCCACACAAGUGCUAUGAAGGGCUCGUGUAUACAGGAUCAAGAAGCAUUUGGCCAUUGUCUGAUCUCUCGUCAAAAAGGAUGUGAGAGGAGCUAGAAACAUACUGGAUCUCGGCCAUUUUCCCCUUCCUACCUCUUAACUUGCAGGAAAUGGUUUGUCUCUUCCCACAGUGUCUCCAGUGUCCACAGAAUCAACUGAAGUUUUGUUUUCUCACCUAGAUGUCCUGGUCUUUCAUCAGCUCCCAUUAGCAGCACUGAGGCCAGCAGCCCUGCCUUUGUGCCCUCCCAGUUAGCUUACAGUGCUACAGGACCAUGAUUCCCGGGGGUCGAUUCCCGGUGCUGCCCCAGGACACACCUCAGUUGCCCUACCAGUGACACUUCUCUGGGUUCCUCACAUGGCACCAUCAUCCAGAACACUCCCCCAGAUAAAGCAACUUAGGGAGUAGUGUUUCACAGAAGGACUCAUGAUUUCCAGGAGUCAAAAGCCCUCAGUCCACCAGUAGAACUGUGCCAGUUGAUCUUCACCUCCAGGAUAAAAGACAAGGUCAGAGAUGGGCAAGGUCCGUAACUCUGAACCCUGAGUGAGAGAACUGAGGCAGCUACAACUUUGCAAAGUCAAGACCCGACCUCCUCCCAUCCCCAGCCCAAAGACUUGCCACCUCAGUGCCCGAGCAUCUUCUGGUGACCUUCCUCACCAGUCCAACUUAAUCUCACCAGUGAAAACAGAGGUGAGAGUACCCAGCCUGAAGAUGCUUCUUCCAUCAACCUGCACAAAUGAUACACUUUCCCCUCAGGCAUCCAUUAAUAAAAAAAAAAGAAAUUGCCAUGCUUACUGCCA